UAGCCGAGAGCCCUUGUAAUUGUAAACCCAAUCUCUCGCCUCGCGGAUGUGCUUCUGAAUCUUGGCUUCAUAUAAAGCCUCUCUUUCCUGCGUUUGCUUCUUUUAUAUAUCAUCCCGAUUCCUCUCGGAGAGAGAACUCUUUCAAUCUACCCUAGAAUUUUAAUGGAUUGUUCACUAUUCAACUUGACCCCAGAGUUGUUGUUCCUCUACCCCUCCUCGAUUCGAUUUUACUCCAUCGAUCUCAUACUUUUGCAGCUUUCUGGUUCUCAGAUAGGAAUUCAUUUUCGUAAUAUUGUCUGACAAAAAACUUGCAGUUUGAGGAGCCGUCGCGAUGGGAAAGCGUAAUUCUCAACGUAAAAAUGCUGCAAUGAUGGAUAGCGAUGACGAAAGUAGUAGUGUCAGUUCGUCGUCCACUGUCCGGUCUGAUCGCACGUCAGUGUUGGGUAAUGAAGAAGUGCACGUUGAUCAAGAUACUGUGCUUGACAAAGCUCUCGAUGCUUUGGAUGAAAAGAGGGGUUCCACGAGGGAGAAAGCAUUGUCGCUGAUCAUUGAUACAUUCAACAGCAGUAUGCAGCACCAGUUCGUCGAAAAGAAAUUCGCUACCUUGUUGCAUCAGUGUCUUGGAGCCCUUAAGAAAGGAUCCAAAAAGGCAUCUGCAAACGAAAUAGCCCUGGCAGCUCAUGCCAUCGGUUUAUUGGCGUUGACGGUUGGAUGUGGUGAUAAUGCACGUGAAAUAUAUGAAGAAUCUGUUCGUCUUCUUGAUGAAUCUCUGUCUGGCUCAGAUGCUUCAAAGAUAUCAUCUUUGGUGCGAUGCUUGGCUAUUACCACUUUUGUUGGUGGGACUGAUCAAGAGGAAACAGAGAAAUCAAUGGACAUAAUGUGGCGGUUGAUUAAUCCUAAAUUGGGUUCCAAUGUUGUUUCAGUCAAACCUUCACCUUCGUUAAUAACAGCUGUGGUAUCUGCUUGGUCCUUUCUCCUCUCCACCGUGGGCAACCUGAAACUAAACUCCAAAAGCUGGCAAAAUUCAAUAACUUAUUUAUCUAGUCUUCUAGACAAGGAAGACAGGUCUGUGCGUAUCGUAGCGGGUGAAGCUUUAGCUUUAAUAUUUGAGGUUGGAGUUAUAGAGAAAUCUUCUGCUGGUCCUAACAGUGCAAGUGACACAACUCAAGAAGAGACCAAACCGCAUGAAAGUUAUGUGCAUAUCCAUGGAUUGAAGGGGAAGGUCAUCAAACAAGUUAAAAACCUUGCUGUGGAGGCUGGUGGAAAAGGUUCUGCAAAAAAGGAUCUUAACACUCAGAGGGACUUGUUUCGUGAUAUCUCAGAUUUUUUUGAGUAUGGUUAUUCUCCUGAAAUCACGACCAAGGUUGGCGGUGAUUCACUGCAGACAUCAUCAUGGUCUCAAAUGAUACAGUUAAACUUUUUCAAGCAUUUCUUAGGAGGAGGGUUCAUUAGGCACAUGCAGGAAAAUGAGUUCCUUCAUGAUGUUUUUGAGUUCACACCGAAGAGAAGAAAUCUUGUUGACGAUGAACAUCGGAUGUCUGUUGGUGAAAAGAGAAUGUUCAAGUCUCCGAAUUCUGUUGUGAACAAGGCAAGGACCCAAUUACUUAACAAGCAGCGGUUGUUAUCUGAGGGCAGGAACUUCGGCCACUACGCGGUCAAUGCGGUUGAAGAGGAGGCUUGAGCUUUUGAUUGGAAUAUUAAUAAUUUACUGGGAUCAGAUCAGACUGAUGACAUUACGUGUAGAUUGCCCCAAAAUGACUCCAUGAAUACCUUGUAUACCUUUUUUCUUAAAGUCAAGACACAGCGAAUAUGAUUGAAUAUGCUUUUGGUUGUGCAAUGAUAUCCGGUUGCGUUUUAUU